CUGGUAAGUUGUGGUGCUGUUUGUCUUUCAACCGACACUCGCUAUGAACAUCGUCGCAUUUCAGGUCUUCAGACCCCGGUUGUCAACGAGGAAAGCUCCAGCGUUCCUUUGGCCACGCGAAACUAUGCCACCAAGGACUGCGGGGCAAAGAUCCUGUCCAGCAACACCGAGGCGCAGAAUCCAAGCGCCGUGUUGAAAGAGAAGGAGCGCGACGAGUACAUGCUCAAUCCGUGCAGCGUCGAAGCCAAGUGGAUCGUCAUCGAGCUGUGCGAAACCGUUCAGAUCACGAACGUCCAGUUGGCGAACUUUGAGCUAUUCUCUUCGAACCCGAAUGAGUUCCGCGUUUCGAUAAGCGAGCGCUAUCCAGCCACCGAGUGGAAGGGGCUUGGCGAGUUCACCGCCGAAGACAACCGCCAGAUCCAGGCGUUCGCCAUGCCGCAGACCAAGUACUACACGAAAUACAUCCGGAUCGAUUUCCUGACGCACCACGGUGUCGAGCAUUUCUGUACCGUCAGCCUGAUUCGAAUAUUCGGCAUUUCGAUGAUCGAAGAGUACGAAGCGGACGCGAUUCAGCACGAACAACAGGCCGUCGUUGUCACACCAUUGUCGGACGUGGCGGUCGAAAGUAAAUUAUACGUCGUUCCUCAGCUUUUGUCGUUUGCAGUUGAGUUCUUUGCGUUUCUCACCGUAUUUUGUUCAGAAUUUCUUGCCGAUUGUCUCCCAAUCGGGACGAUGAGAAGAAUUUUGCAUUUCACUGCAUCAAGGCCCAAAGAACACUUGAAUUCGAAAUAUUUUCAUCCAGCUGCUGUCGGAACAGUACCGAUCUUAUCAAAAAAUAGCACUGAAAAUGAAAAGCAGCACGAAAAAUUAAAACGAACUUUUGCUGCAACCAACGUCAACAACAAUCGAAUACAUUCCGAAAUUUUCGGCUCGCUGCCGGGCAUAGCGACCAGUGCCAAAGAGUCGGUGUUCUUCCGGCUGAACAAUCGCAUCCGCUCCCUGGAGAUCAACAUCAGCCUCAGCAGUCAGUACCUGCGCGAGUUGAGCCGCAACUAUAAACGCCAGAUCGAAGACAUCCAGCGCAGCCUGAACCGUACCAACUUUGCGCUGGCCAGCACCGAAAGGCGCAUCGACGUCCUGUUCGAAAUUUCGAAUUUGACCUCUUGUGAUGCGUGGCCAGGUCGCGCAUUACUCGUACGUGUUGUUUGUAGCAGAAACGCAGAAGUCCGCUUUUGGAAACUGGACGAAGCAUUGAGUGACUAUUGCGCUUCCCUUUCUUUGAAUGCUUUCCUUCUUUUCAUCGUUUCUCUGGCGCUUUCGUUUGCGUUGUCUACUCUUCAUGGCACCUUUUUCGUUUGCUAA